AUGGGUUUGAGCAGAGUUUGGUCGACAACAGAUAAAGAUGGUCCGACUUCCCACAUAAAUGAAAAAGGAAUAGGAUGGAUAAUUGGAGCAAUUUUCAUAAUAGGUGAAACUGCUGGUGGAGGGAUGAUUGCACUUUCUUAUGCUCUAACAUCAAUGGGAUUAAUUCCUGGACUCAUUCUUCUCAUUUUGUGUUCUGUAUUCUCUUUGUAUACGGCCUUGGAACUUUGUUGGACAUGGAAAAUAAUGCAGAAUCGAUGGCCGGAAUAUAGAGAUCAUUGCCGAAAACCUUAUGGAGAAAUGGCAUACAGAACAAUCGGCCGGAAAAUGAGAUCAUUCAUUGCCUUCAUGAUUUGCAUAACUCAAAUCGGAUUCGCCACUGUUUUAGUUCUUCUUGCUGCCAAGAAUCUCUCAAUUCUUCUUCACUUUUUCUUCCAUCUGGAUAUCAAUCAAUGUUAUCUAAUUCUGAUUGUCGGUCUCGCUGUCUGGCCCGCCACCAUGCUCCCAUCACCAAUGCAUUUCUGGCAGGCUGCACUGUUUUCCGCAGGUUCAAGUACUCUCGCAGUGAUUCUUGUUGUUGUUGGAUUGGCUCACGAUGCUCCAGUUUGUUCACAAGAUGCUCCUCAUGAUGAGCCGAAUCUUAUGAAAGCAUUUAUGGCGUUUGGAACAUUUGUAUUCGCUUUUGGAGGCCAUGCAACUCUUCCAACAAUUCAACAUGAUAUGAAGAAGCCUGCUCAUUUUGUGCACUCUGUGGUUUUGGCAAUUAUUUUCUGCACAAUACUAUAUCUUUGUAUUGCCGUUGGUGGUUACUUCGUUUACGGAAGCACAGUUGGGGAAGCUAUAAUUCCUUCGUUGCAAAUAAAAUGGAUUCAACAAACAGUGAAUCUGAUGAUUGCUGUUCAUGUUAUCACAACAAUUGUCAUUGUUAUGUCACCACCAAUUCAACAAGUUGAAGCAUUAUUCAAAGUUCCUCAUAGAUUUGGAGUCAAACGGUUCUUAGUUAGAUCCGUUCUAUUCUGGUUCGUCAUCUUCAUCGGCCUCACGAUUCCUCAUUUUGGUCCCGUUCUUGACUUGAUUGGAGCUUCAACAAUGGUUCUCAUGACACUCAUUCUGCCACCAAUUUUUUAUAUUUCCAUCAGAACUCAGGAAGUGAUCUGGCUCGAAGGAAACGAGAAAUCAGAUGAAGCUGAGCCAAUUCAUGAGAGAGCAACUUUGAAAGAAAUUCUUCGAAUUACACCAAAAGCUAUUCUUGCCUUGAAUGCAGCAGUACUAAUCUUCGGAAUCAUUGGAGGAACACUUUCCACGAUCACGUCUAUAAUCAGAUUAGCUGACUCUGAUAUGGCGGCUCCUUGUUAUUGGCAAUACUUCACAAAAGGUCUUCCAUUCUCUGGUGAUAACAUUGGAUCAGUUAGUUGUUGUGGAACAUUCAGAAAUCUCACAGUUUCUGGACAAGACCCGAUAGGCUAUUGUUCAAAUCCCGAUUUCUAG